UCAUUGUGAAAUAAAUUGUUAUUCGGUGAUUUGGGGCUGCCUGUGCCAAAGACUAUUUACUAAAAGCAAAAAAUACCCCAGCUUCUCUUUUAUUUCUUCUUUUUGUAUCCUAAUCACCAGGAAUAUAUAUAUGAUAUACUGAUUAUACAAAUGAUUCAUACGGAUGAUUCACCAUCUACCCCCGAAAGCUACCAUGGCAACGGUCAGCGUCCUUUUAGGGGUCUAAUGCGCAAGCGCGUAUUUACCGGAAUCCAAGAUGGCGGGCAAAAAGAAAAAGAAAGAUAAAAAAGCUAAAACAGGUCCACUGGCUCACAUCGCUGCUAGUCUUGUUCCAAAUGCCAUUUUCGCCGCUGUUCCGCUCACAUCAUCUGCACAUAGUUUAUCGUCAACAUGGCCACGCGCGGGAGACCGCAGUCAGUCGCCCAUCGCAAAAGCUCUCAGGGAUGCAGGCUCACUAGGGACGAUCAUCGGCGAUGUACACCCCCCCUCCAAUAUCCCCGAGGACGGCGAUGGGAUGGCUUCUCCUUCGAGCCGACCGGCAGUUAGUCUCCCUGAAGGUGAUUACGAGGAACCGGGAUACGAAUCAGUGGAGACAGAUGGUCGCUUUGAUCGAAAAAAUAGACUGUUUGGCGCCCGAAGUAACUCUGAUGCUACUGGUUCCCAUGAUAAGCCUCGCGAUGUUGAGGGACAAGCACAGACUGAUCAUUUCUAUCAUGUUCUUGACCACGAAAACAAAUCCAUAGUCGAGCCGACUUAUGCUAAAGUCGACAAAAAGAAGAAGAAAUCGGUAGUAAGCCCGGAGGUGGAAGUAGGGGCGGAUGCUGAUGACUCAGCAUUGUCCAGUAGUGAUGACCUGACAGACGUAACAAGUAAUGAUGAGGAGAGCUUCAUCUCAGUGGGAGUCAAGAAAUCUAUUUCAGGCUCAAAAAAGUCUAAAAGAGGCAGCAAGAAAAGUAAGCAGCGAGAAGAAGAUACCUCAGGGGAAAACAAGAAAAAAGACACAUUAUUCCAUUUUACAGACUCUUUAAAGAAUAAAUCUAAGAGUAAUGAUGAAUCUUCUGAAAAUCCUACGGAUAAUACAUCCAAACGUAGGAAAUCUCAGAAGCAAUAUGCGCAAGAUUCCAUUCUUGAGCAGAUAGAAGGAUCAGCUGAGAAGAUAUCAGAUUCACCUCCCCCUUCACAUGAUGCAGAAUAUGCAAAACACAGAAGGGGGUCCAAGAAAGCCAGCCUGAAGCGCCGUGCACAAGUCGCACCUGAGGAAAGCUCUCAUGAUGAAGGGGAAACACUGCAUGAUCUGCUCACUAAACCUGACCAUCCUUCUGAUGAUGGAUUUGAUGAGAAACAGAAAAAGGCUCUGAAAGAGGUAGAAAGACUUGGAAUAGAGGGAAUAUCUCAGAAGUAUGGACUGAGUGACAUUUCAGAGGGCGAGGAGGGUUAUUUGACAGGGCAAGCACCCCUGGGGACAAAGGAUGUUCUUGCACGCACAGAGUUCAACAAGCGGAGAGCCCAGUUUGAGAAAAUCUCCUUGAAUCAAAGUGCUUCACUGAGUCAUUCAAACCCUCAGUACUCAGAAGAUGAGCCAUACCCAUCAGGGUGGGGCACCAAAAGCCCUGACGAGCCAUCAGGGCAGGGCACCAAAAGCCCUGACGAGCCAUCAGGGCGGGGCAACAAGAGCCCUGACAUGCCAUCAGGGCGAGGCACCAAGAGUAGUGAUGAGCCAUCAGGGUGGGGCACCACAAGUCCUGAUGAGUACAGGAGAAGCUGGGAGAGUCUUGAGCUACUCCGCCAUAGUCAGACGGAGAGUCUUGAGCGACUUGAGAAGAUUCGCCAGGCAAAUGAGAACUCGUUCCAAGAACAAGAGAGGCACCUAGAGCGUCUGAUAAGUCAACAGGAGGCUGUCUAUAGACAGCAGAGUGAGCAACAGAAGGAGCAACAGCGGCUACGUGAAGAGCUAGCGGCACAACAGAAUAAGAUACAGGAGCAACUUAAAAUCUUGGAGAACUUCCAAUUGACUCGUGAAAAUGAGGGUGUAGCGAGCGACAACAGUUACCAGGGAGGGGGAGACGAAGUCCGUCUGCAGAGGGAGAUGCUGGAACAACAACAGAAGAUCAUCCAGAUGCAGCAACAACAACAUCAGCAGCACGAGGAACAGCAGCAGCGGCUACUGAAGCAACAAGAGGGGCUGUGUGAACAGAUACGGCAACUGGAGAACCAUCAGCGAGAGGUGCAAUCCAACCUUAGUAUGUUGAGCCCGCGUGAUCACGAGCUAGCGGAAAUACGCCAACACGAGGCGCAGAUCGUGAGCCUGCUAGACGAACAAAAAAUGCAUCAGCGGCAAUACGAACAAAUGCACCAACGGCAACAGCAAAGAUUAGACGACCAGGCCAGAAUAUUCCACCGAGAUAGACUGGCCUUGGAGGAGCAACAGCAAGCAUUACUACAAAAACUCCAGGCGCAAGAGGAGCGAAGUAGGCAAAUCGAAAAAGAGCUUGAGCGAGGCUCUACUAACAAGCGAUCCCGCGGGCGAAAGACGCGACGACCCGUAAACACCUCUGAGUCACAGGACCUAUCGGAUGGGAUUGAAGGAGAGGAUAUAGCGGAGUCUGUGACCGAUGAAGUGAAUGCUGUUCCCAUGAGGGGGAGGACAAAGGCGGCAAAGGAGGUGCAUAAGGCUAGCGCCAAGUCACUUCAGGACAGUGAGGCGUAUAAACUGACUCAAGGCAGACUUCAGCUUCUUGAGAGCGAGAAAAGUGCGCUGGGGGAGCUCAACUCUUCACUGCAACAGGAGAACAAGGCACUGAAGCAGCUUGCCACUUCUUUACAGAAAGGUCCAGGCAGUCCAUCACUCAUACUUCAACAGCAAGUUAAGGACCUGCAGCAAGAGAACAAACAUCUCCGGCAAACAGUCCACAGGCUGAACGUGGAACUGAGUCGAUAUCAGGCCAAGUACAGACCGGUGCUGUUUGAGGAAGUAGAGGGGAUGGCUUUACCGAGGAGCGGCGAACCGGCGCCAUGGCUGGUGAAUACAAGGCUACUUGCGCCCCUUUUUCUCGCCUAUGAUGACCGACUGAAGGAGAAAGAGGAAAUCAUCAAAACAUAUGACGAGGAACUGACCUCGUUUAAGGGGAGAGUGAACGAGGUCGUCAAGGAGAACCAGGAGUUGCAUAUGAGAUUAAGCAAGUCAAAACCAGAAGCACUGGAGCUGGACGAAUGGCAGCAGCUCCAAGAGCAGGCCAGGCUUGUGGUGGAGGAAAAUGCGCUGCUGAUGGAGCAACAGGACAUUCAAGAACAUAAGCUGAAGGAGAUGCAGCGACUGCAUGGCCAGGAAGUGUCAAAGCUUUCGAAAAGAAUAUCAAAACUCGAGUCAGAAAAGCGACGUAUGCAGACUGAGAUGGACGACCUAACGCGUAACCAUAGCAACCUAAUGCACCAAUACGAGGCUGUAGCGGCCGAGAACGGCAAGAAAAUCAGCAUGGAAGAUCACGUGAUCGCUCUUGACGAGUGGCGGAGUUUACUUGAAGAUCUAAAAGUAAAGAAGACCUCUGAGGAGGACGAGCUGAAAUCUCACCAAGAGGCGAUUCAGAAGGAGAAGAAUAACCUUGCUGUUGAAUUGGCAGACUUCAAGGCGCGCGUGACGCAGCUUGAGAGAGAGCUAGAAGCCUACAAAAAAUCACAAAAAAAGUCGGAGCGCAAAGCAUUGUUCUUGGAGAGGAAGCUUGAGCACAUACAAGACCGGGAGAUAACGGCGCAAGAGACGCUCGCACAAGUCCUACGCGUGGCUGAAAAGACGGCCGAAGAACGCGAUAGCUACGAAAAAUUUGCUAAAAGUCAGACUUAUGAGCAGAAGAAGGUAGCUUCUAUUAUUCGUCAAGGCGACAUUAACAUCAUGGGACUUCAGGAGAGACUCAAGGAAAGCAAGAAGAAGUCAAACAGAAAGAUGGCUAACGUCACUGAAAGGUUGGAGGAGAAAGACAAAGAAAUCAACUCGAUAAAAGAGCACUGCGAGAGGGAACUGAACAACCUUCGCGCGCUGCUUCGAGAGAAAAACAAACAGAUUGAAGUGAUGCAGGGGGAGAGAAGGCAGGUAGAGGAGGAGCUUGACCUGGUCUGGCAGAAAGCCGAUUACGACAACAAGCACAUGAUGGAAUCCAUACGUCCUUCACCGAGAACGUGAACCGCCGUACUACACAUGCUCGGAGCACGUGAACCGCCGUACUACACAUGCUUGGAGCACGUGAACCGCCGUACUACACAUGCUCGUAGCACGUGAACCGUCGUAAUAUACAUGCUCGAAACACGUGAACCACCGUACUACACAUGCUCGGAGCACGUGAACCAUCAUACUCCACACGUAAAAUUUUACUAUUUCGCGCUGAGAUCGUCAUUGGAAGGAAGUCCAAGUUUUUAAACAAGUGUUUAUAAAUUAGAUUGUUAUGUAAAUAAGGGUUUUACCAAACUAAAUAUUUUAAUAAGAAUUACAGAAUGGAAUAAAACUAUUAUUUAAAACAAA